UCCGUCGGAGAGUUCGAGCCAAGUGCGGACAAAGGAGGUGACUUUUCCUGCUGCUGCCAAAACGUAAAGUGAAAAAUGUGAUGUGGUCGCUUUAAUUGUCGAGGAUAAAUCAAUUCCGCUGUUAACUAGAUUACGAGCGCGCACCUGGCCAAAAGCGAAUGGAACAGGCCAACUCGCAGACAGGCCGUGGAAAAACCCCCAUUUUCGAACCAGUUCGUGGCAGUGUGUGUGUGUAGCUUUCGCCUUACUUUUUUCAUGCGCAAUUUGGGUUACAAAGCGAGAAAAACGCUGCUUAAAAUGCAUUAAAAUGUUUUAGGCUCGGGGCUUCAUUGAUUUUCUUACGCACAAAACUAUGUUAUGCGAACACCAAACAAGGAGCAAAGGACGCAGGCCAGCGAUGAUGACAAAAACGCGAGGAAGCUGCCUCUAGCUGCCUCUGCUCAAUAGUCAACAGGACUAGGCGAAGGACCUGCCCCGCGCAGACCAGGAAACUCUUUUCGGGCGGAGUACUGCGGAGGCAUCCUGGCGCCCGUACUGCCCAGCAGCGGCAUGGCCGGCCUCGUCGGCGCCGCCAACGGCAAGCACCACCAUCCACAUCUCAUCUCGCCCACCCACACGUCCCUGCCGGCCGGCAUAUGCAGUAGUGACAGCGGCAUUUCCACGCUGAGUGCCAUUUCUCCUCCGCUCUCCACCGCGACUACGACAGCAUCGGGUGCUGGGGGUGGAGUGGGUGGAAGCGGUGGCAGCCCCCAACUGCGCACCUCUCCAGCUUUAAGUAUGCUGGGUAGCGCCACAGCAACCUCCAGCGGCAACAGCAGCUCAGCCGGAGGAGGACUCACCGCUGGGAUCCUAGGUCCGGCGGCCAGCAUCGACUUGGGCACCUCGCCCCUAUCGCAUCGCAAUUACAGCAACUCCCUGAAGGGCUUUAGCUUCCGGCGCAGCUUCGACGACAAGAUCAUCACCCCGCCCUACUUGUCGCGAGCUCCUGCGUACGCCCACGGAGUCCCCUAUCCGCACUUUAAUGUUCCACAACAUGCGGCCACGACGCCUCACCACCUUCACCUGCACCACCAUGGAAAUGGCACUGUAGCGGGAUCAGGCGCGGUGCCGGGAUCGGUUACGGGAACGGGAUCAUCUGGAACCGGUACAGGACACUACCAGCAGCCGCUCUCGCUGGCCACGAUGUCAGCGGCCCUGCCUCUGGCGCCGCUCUACGGAUCCCCACUGUCUUUGCCGCUGACCUCCUCACAGUCAACCACCAAGCUCUCUUACCGCGACGACUUCUUGCAGCAGAUUGGCUACCUGCCAACGACGCGCAUCUACAGCACCCCGACAAGCAUCGUGGACGAGGACAAGGCCCAGCAGGACUUCCUCUCGUUGUCGCUUUCCCCGCCGCUCAACCGACGCCGGGACAUGCCGGCUCUGCGCGGUCCUUUUGUCAGCCUAUCGGAGCCCCGCGGGACCCUGAGCACGACUGACGAAAUCUACCCGGACUCGUCGGACAGCAGUCUCUACGUUUCGGACGAGGAGCAGGAAGACGCCUCUCAGUAUUGCCGUGGUGGCUACCAUCCGGUGGUCAUAGGGGAUAUCUUUGACAAUCGGUUUCGCGUGGUAAGAAAACUUGGCUGGGGCCACUUUUCCACUGUCUGGCUUUGCCGGGAUCUCAAAGACGAAAAGUACGUGGCCCUCAAGGUUGUUAAGAGUGCUCCGCACUACAUAGAGACGGCUGCAGACGAAAUCAGACUGCUGGAGGCUAUCCGCGAUGCUGACCCUAUGGACGUCAAGCGGGAGCGGAUCGUGCGGCUGAUGAACCAUUUUACAGUGCGCGGAGUUAACGGGAUGCACACCUGCCUGGUCUUCGAAGCUCUCGGCUGCAGCUUGUACAAGCUGAUCGUGAAGAACAACUACCAAGGUCUAGCCAUCGUCCAGGUGCGCAACAUAAUCCGCCAGGUGCUGGAGGGUCUGGAUUACCUGCACAGCAAGUGCAGCAUCAUCCAUACGGACAUCAAGCCGGAAAACAUCCUGCUGGUGAUCGACAAUGCUGCCGCGAUGAACCAGCAGAUUGACGAAGAGAUCAACAGUCUGCGGGUGAAGGGAGCUGACUUCCCCGACUCGUACAUCAGUUCCAUUGAGAAGCAGACCAAGUCGCGGGCCAAAUGGCCACUGAUCGAACCGAACGGGUCGACUAACACCAACACGAACACCAGCAACAGCACGGCGAACAACUCCAAUUCGUCGACUCCGCUGGCAGCCGUAAUCAUGUCCUCGCUGGACAAAGAGGACACCACCACCACCUCGUCCACGCUCAAUUCCAACACCACAUCCUCGCUGGCCUCCAAAUACUCCAGUCUGUUGGGAGACAGUGAGUGCAACGGAGGCCUCGGCGGAUCGUCGAACCUGAACAAUCGAUACCGAACCGAGAAGAAAAUCACUGCCAAGUCUUCCGGGGAUUAUGAGGAAGAUGCCAAUUCCGACACGCUGGGCGAGCAGAGCACCUUGGCGAGCACCGUCGAUACGCCCACCGAUCCCGAUCCAGAGCCUGAGCCCGAACCUGAUGCUAGUCCGACCAAGGGCAUAGAGCUGCCCACCCCGAACUCCACCAAUAGCUCCUGUCUCUUCCACAACACCAACACGAUAGAGACCAAGAUCAACCCGAAUAUUCUCAGCACGUGCACGUCCUUGCCCAACAAAUACAGUCUCACCAACCCGAACACAAGUACCAACAGCGGUGCAAACACUAUCUCCACUUCCGCCCCUCCAAGUGCCACUCCCUCCUCCGCCAACGCCUUCGCCUUUGCCACGCCCCCUAGCACGUGCACGACCUCGUUCACGCCUAUAGCUCCCACCACUACAGCUCCAACUACCAGUACAACCUGUACAACAACAGCCGCAAGCUCUGAGCUCCAUAAUGGCGAUCAUACAACAACAAGCACAUCGACAUCAUCAACAACAACAACCAAUGUGCUAUCCUCCGCGACAACAACAACAACAACGACAACGACUACAACAAUCGCUAAACUAAAUGUCAAUGCCAAUGCCAUUCCUUCGCAGAACCAAAGUCAGAGUAGCCAGAACAACACCUACACCAUCCAGUCGCUCAUCAACAACAGUAAUGUCCGCGUGAAGAUCGCCGAUUUGGGGAAUGCCUGCUACGAGUACCACCACUUCACUGAGGACAUCCAAACGCGCCAGUAUCGAUCGAUAGAGGUUCUGUUAGGAGCUCCGUACAACUAUACCGCCGACAUCUGGAGCACCGCCUGUCUGGCCUUUGAACUGGCCACGGGCGACUAUCUGUUUGACCCUCAUGCAGGCGAGUCGUACAGUAGAGAUGAGGACCACUUGGCUCACAUUGUCGAGCUGCUGGGCUCCAUACCGCAGUCGGUGAUCCUGCGGGGCAAACAUGGUCUCAAGUACUUCACCAGCUAUGGCAGCCUGAGGAACAUCACCAAGUUGAAGCCCUGGAGUCUGAUGAACGUGCUGGUGGAGAAGUACGACUGGGAUCCGGUGGAGGCCAAAAAGUUCUCCGACUUUCUCCUGCCGAUGCUCGAGUACAAUCCUGUCAUACGCGCUUCGGCAGCCGAAUGCCUGCAGCAUCCGUGGCUGGAGCAAGAGGAGUUCGUCUAGGAGGCCGAGGAAGUCGGGAAGCAGCUAGAGAGACUACAGACACAGGCACACUUAAAUAAUACAUACAUAACAUACGUACUUCGUACUCGUAUUGUAUUUCUAGGCUUAACUUUUAUAUGCAAACAAUUGUCAUAAAGAGAAAUAAUAUAUAAUAUGUACGUUAGCAGGAAAUCCGAAGAGAAAGUUAGCAUUAAAGGACUCGACAGACACACCUUAUACACCUACGAUAUGAUAUACGGCGAGGAGGAGGAGAGGAUCCGCGUGGAAUUUUUUAAGCUUUUUAAUUUUUGUACUCGAGAGCUUUAAAAUGUAAUUACUAAAGAAGCGAUUUUAUUUUUAACGACGACAGCAAACGUAAGAAAGUUUUUCAAGUUUUUAUUUCAACAACGUGCAUAUAAGUAUAUACAUACAUAUAUAUAUUUUUUAUUAAAUGAGAAACAAGUGAAACAAAAACAAAAACCAAAACAAAACAAAACCAAAAGACAAUGACGACAAUUUUUAAGUCAACAGAUGCCUAAACUGACUGACUGAAAAGGAAUACAUUUUCAUGCGAAACCGAAUAACAAACAAAUGAAUCAUGCUAAAUAAAUUAUACGAACUAGAAAAAUAUUCAGCAUCA